CGGUUGCUGUCAGCUGAUUCCCUGGCUGGGUGGCAGACGCAGCCACGGCGAUGGACUUUCUCCUGGGGAACCCGUUCAGCUCUCCGGUGGGACAGCGCAUCGAGAAAGCAACAGAUGGCUCCCUGCAGAGCGAGGACUGGGCACUCAACAUGGAGAUCUGUGACAUCAUCAACGAGACCGAGGAAGGCCCCAAAGAUGCCUUCCGGGCAGUGAAGAAGAGGAUUGUGGGGAAUAAGAACUUCCACGAGGUGAUGCUGGCUCUCACGGUCCUGGAAACCUGCGUCAAGAACUGCGGGCACCGCUUCCAUGUGCUGGUGGCCAGUCAGGAUUUCGUGGAGGGGGUGCUGGUGAGGACCAUCCUGCCCAAGAACAACCCCCCCACCAUCGUGCACGACAAGGUGCUCAACCUCAUCCAGUCCUGGGCUGACGCGUUCCGCAGCUCGCCCGAUUUGACAGGUGUCGUCGCCGUCUACGAGGACCUGCGGAGGAAAGGCCUGGAGUUCCCCAUGACCGACCUGGACAUGCUGUCACCCAUCCAUACACCCCAGAGGACUGUGUUCAACUCGGAGACCCCUUCAGGACAGAAUUCUGUGGCUUCUGACCCCAGUCAACAAGUGGAUGCCAACCAGCACACCGCCCCGCCACCCACACCGGCCGCACACCCUGGCGACGCGCCUCUCACACCAACUUCUGAGCAGAUCGGGAAGCUGCGCAGUGAGCUGGAGAUGGUGAGCGGGAACGUGCGGGUGAUGUCAGAGAUGCUGACGGAGCUGGUGCCCACCCAGGCCGGACCCGCAGAUCUGGAGCUGCUGCAGGAGCUCAACCGGACGUGCCGGGCCAUGCAGCAGCGGGUCCUGGACCUCAUCCCCCGCAUCGCCCACGAGCAGCUGACCGAGGAGCUGCUCCUGGUCAACGACAACCUCAACAACGUGUUCCUGCGCCACGAACGGUUCGAGCGGUUCCGGACAGGACAGGCCGCCAAGGGCCCCAGUGAGGCCGAGCAGGCCGCAGAUCUGAUCGACAUGGGUCCGGGCCCAGCAGCCCCCAGCCACCUCUCAUCCCAGCUGGCAGGAAUGAACCUGGGCUCCAGUAGCGUGCGGAGCGGCCUGCAAUCUCUGAACACCUCAGGCCGCCUGGAGGACGAGUUCGACAUGUUUGCACUGACUCGGGGCAGCUCUCUGGCCGACCAGCGGAAAGAGGUCAAAUAUGAGGCCCCGCAAGCCACAGAUGGCCUGGCUGGAGCCCUGGACGCCCGGCAGCAGAGCACAGGAGCGAUGGAAAGCAGCAGUGAGAAGAACCUCGGUGACUGGAUGAUCCCCGUCACCCAGGCCUGCCUCAUGGAGGACAUUGAACAGUGGCUGUCCACGGACGUGGGAAACGAUGCCCGCGCCGCCGCUGCCGCCGCCGCCGAGGGAGAGAAGGGUGUCACCAGUGAAGGUAAAUUCGAUAAGUUCCUAGAAGAACGGGCCAAGGCUGCCGAGCGGUUGCCGAACCUCACCAGCCCCUCAGCUGAGGGUCCCCCAGGCCCCCCUCCGGGCGCCGCCCCUCGGAAAAAGGCCCCAAAGAAAGAUGACGACAUGUUGUUUGCCUUAUGAGUGGGGGCUGCUCCCACCCCUGCUGGGGGCCUCUCUCCUCUCCUUCGGUGUUUAGGCUGCUUCGGGGGGCCUGUCCCCUCUUCCCUCUUCGCUGGAGCUGUGCCGGGCUGCCUGGUGGUGGAGGGAGGGAGCUGGUCAGUCGGAGAGCAAGUCAGUUCUCCUUGGGACCCCGGCCACCCUGCCUCCUCUCCCACCCAGCCCCCCACUGCAACUGGACGGGCUGGCCACUGGGCUGCCGUUCUGUUACUUCCCGUCCUGGGGAAGCCCUCCAGGGCCCCACAGCUGGGCCUGAACCACUCAGCCCUCCCCCAGCCCUGCCUUGGGGGCCCAGGGGCUCCAACUGGCUGCUAAGGGCAGGUGUGCCCCUCAGAGCUGCAGGCUGGUCAGGUACGAGACCAGCCCAGGCUCCAGGCUGCCUGGGGUGCCACAGUCUGCACUAUCUCUACUGCCUUUUCAUCGUCUUUGCUCCCCCGGGACAGCCCCCCCCCCACACCCCAUCCUGGCCCCGUGUGCUCUUGUCCCUUGUCCUGGGAGAGGUGCCUUGUGUCGCCUCAAUUAAAGGUAGAAAACUGG